AUGACCUUCCCUUCCCCUUCUCACUCCGCCCAAUCUUCGAUUGCUUCCGGCUCCGAUCAGCCCUCUACUGCUCGAUCUUCGAGACUACAGCCGUCAGCCUGGGGCGUUCCUUCGUCUCAAGCCUCUGUCCGUCGCCCUCUCACCCUUGCGACAGCUAACCUAUCUUCUUCAACCGGCACAUCAUCUCCGUCUCGCCGGACGCCCGCCGCAGGCUCAGUUGCAUCGCCAUCCCACACUAGCAACCCAACGCCUGCUCUCGGGCCUGCCACGUCUCCAUUGACCUCGACCUUCUCCGCCAUCCUGAGCUCGGCCUCUCGACUCCCAGCUGCACGUAGUAACGCUUCGCCAGCUCCAACUCCUUCCCCCUUCGCUUCUCCUUACCAAGCUGGCGCACAGCACUCUUCACAGCAACAACAACCACAACAACAAUCAAUUACAUCCCCAAAAUCUACUACACCACUUCCCCCUUCAGCAGUCUCGCACCUGGCGACCCCAACGGCUUCCGCACCAGGAGGAGGAGGUAGUGGUGGGGGUGGAGGAGGCGGAGGUGGUGGUACUGCCGUGUCAAGGGGCGCCACGUUCUCUCCUCUGUUGACCGGCAACGCGGUCGGGUCUCCUACUGGGUUUCCAUCUGAUAAACCGUCUUCUGCGAUCGUGUCGUCAACGGGUGGCGCUAGCUCGAGUCAAUCAUCACUCUCUAAGAUAUCAGUCGUUCAAGUUUUCCUUCUGCUUGACUCGAUCAACGAGAAAGAAGGGAAGGAGAAGUGGGAAACCAAAGCUGCACAGAUUCACAGGCUUGUAAACUCCAACGGUAUGGAAGUGUUUUCAAAGUACUUUCGCCGUCUGCUGUCAAGCAAUGCUGGCCAGAUAUUUUCUGGAACCAACAAAAGUGUUGACAAUUCCGGAAACUACCCUUUACUGGUUCAGGAGGUUCAGAAGGUGGCUCUUGACCCUGACCAGGGUCGAAAGAUAGCGGAGACUAUCGAUACCUCAGAAGGUGACAUAUUCAGAGACUUUGAUCUCUCUACCUUCCUUGACCAUUUUAAACUUGACCCCAUACUUAAAACCGCUCUCACUCUCGCAUUUAAAAAUGUCACCAAGUCUGAUCUUCGUACCAAAGCCGACGCAAUACUAUCGGCAUCGCUCCCUCAGUUCCUCCAAAGCCUCUCCACUAUCUCAGAUUCCAAUAAAGACUCAACGCCAUCCUUUAUUGCUCUUACCAUAGAACGACUUAUUUUUAAUCCGCCUCGUAAUUUUAACGAUGAUAUGAAGAGGAAAUUGGUUUAUGACGUUCGCAUACGCUACCAAAAUGCCGAUUCUGAGGUCCCAAUCGAGGUAGAUUCGGCUUUGCAGAUGUUUUCCCUCACAGAUCCUCGACUCUCGCUUGUGCGCCAAAUCCAGGCUCGUGGCCCUCAAUCACUAGGAGAUCCAGAUACCAUGCUUGACACUAUCAAAGCCGCCGGUUCGGACACAUUUAGCGGGGAACAGAUUGGCAAUGCAAUUCUCUUCAUUGUACUUUCUCAAUCCUGGCAACAAUAUCCACUCGACCUUUUAGUCUCAACUCUUCUAAAGCAACAUGCUUCUCAGCCGAUAAACUGGCCCGAUGCUGUACGGCAGUUUGACAAAGAUGGUCUUCGCGUUGACAACUCCCAGUUCUCAAGACUAUUCAAUGCGCUGCUCCCUGUUGCCCAGGAGGAGAAUUCACUAGACCUUCAGAUGCUUUGGGGGGGUGACUGGGCUCAUAAGAAUGCUCAGUUCUCCUUUUUGACCGCCUUCCUCUCUGCUGGAAUUGAUACACCUGGCAUCGAUACCUCCCAAAUACCUAACUUCCGCUCCGCCUUCAAUCCUGAUAUCUUUGACGAUGCGUCCGAAACCGUCAAACUUCAAGCUGAACAAACCAAGAACAACCCUCUCCGCUCCCUUGAUGCUACAAAAGCGAUUUUUGACCUAAUACUUGUCUCGCCUGCAACUUGGGCCCUUCCAGAGAGUCAAAACUUUGUCAAAACUAUCCUCCAACAUGAUCUCCCUACUUUCCUCUGUUCUGCGUUUGUCAUUCCCCAGCCGUGGACCAACGUUCAGCAUAAUUUCCUCGUCAGGUCGUUCAUGAUAUUCAUUUUGAAGCGUCAGGAUGGAUACCAGUUUGCUCUUCACGGAGUUUGGAAGCUUAAUCAGCAAUGGGUGGGAGAGCAAUUGUUCCAUGCUUUCACCCAAGAUCCAUCUUGUACCGAUCUCAUUUAUGAGCACGCUGUUGAGCACGGUUGGCUUGAUUAUUUACUGGAUUUCACGAACGGACUUGCUAUGGAUCUUGCCUCUCUUGCCCACCAGAAAGGUUCGUUUGAUCUAGAGCAGUGGGUGAAGGGGACAGCUGGCAAAACUCCUGUUGAUAUGGGCGGAUUACUGGCCAAAUUCCUCAGAAUUAAAGCCGAAGAUGAGUUGCGAGUACAGCGAGGGGAACAACCAACGCCACAAAUGGUCAGCCUAUCUGUUAAGACUGUAUUUGCGCUCUUGAUGAUUCUGGAAGACUACAUAACUGACCAUGAGAACCUUACGCCUAUUCAACGGAUCUGCCUUCAAACUUAUCCCAGACUCAUCAACUAUGGCGAGGGGUUUGACGAUGUUAUUGAGGCUAACAGUGUCCGAGGAAAUGCUAUUCCUGAGGAUGUAGACAAGAAGAUGCGUGAUCUCUUUGGGAAGAUGUAUCAUGAAGAGCUCUCGCUCCGAGAAAUCCUUGAGCUUAUGAGACGAUACAAAUCCUCCCGUGAGCCUGCAGAACAAGAUCUUUUCACUUGCAUGGUUCAUGGUCUCAUCGAUGAGUACCAUUGUUACCAUGAAUAUCCGCUUGAGGCUCUCACAAAGACUGCUGUGAUGUUUGGAGGUAUCAUCAACUUCAAGCUUAUCUCGGGCAUACCCUUAAAAGUUGGUCUUGGGAUGAUCUUGGAUGCUGUACGCGAACACGAACCUCAUGAAUCCCUUUACAAAUUCGGUGUUGAAGCCAUCGAACAGUUAAUCAGCCGUUUGCCUGAAUGGGUUGGAUUCUGCAGCCUUCUUCUUCAGAUCCCAAGCCUUCAGGGAUCGAAUAUCCACCGCAAAGCCGAGGAAGUCCUCCGUGAACAGGGCCACCACCCAAUCAAUGGUGUUGAUGGAGCUGAAGUUAACGGUGUGGCUGAUGGGCUGUCCCUUGCUAACGGCAAUGUCAAUGAGCUCGUCAACGAAGGUUCACCUCAUAAAUUCCAGUCUCUACAUGUAGGACCUCCGCUUCGGCCAGAUAUCUAUAAAGAGCCAGAUGAAGACACCCACGAUAAGAUCCUUUUCAUCCUCAACAAUGUUUCAGAACAAAAUAUCAAGUCGAAACUUCAAGACCUUCGCGAAAGCUUAAAGGAUGAGCAUCAUCAAUGGUUCGCCUCGUACCUAGUUGAGGAACGAGCAAAACUACAACCAAAUUUCCAACAGCUGUACCUGGACCUUUUGGAACUUAUUGAUGACAAGACGUUAUGGGCAGAGGUACUUAGGGAAACCUACGUCAGCUCCAUCAGGCUGCUUAAUGCUGAGUCGACAAUGAAUUCAACAAUUGACCGUACCCACCUAAAGAAUCUUGGUGGCUGGUUAGGGUCCCUGACGAUUGCAAAAGAUAAACCCAUCAAGCACAAGAAUAUUUACUUCAAGGAGUUGCUUAUCGAAGCAUUCGAUAGCCAACGUCUUACUGUCGCCAUUCCGUUUACCUGCAAGGUCCUGAGCCAAGCCAUGAAGUCAUCAAUUUUCAGGCCCCCUAACCCCUGGUUAAUGGACAUUAUCGCUCUAUUGAUCGAAAUCUACCACUUUGCCGAAUUAAAGAUGAUCCUUAAGUUCGAAAUUGAGGUCCUCUGUGGAGAUUUGGAGCUUGACCACAAGACAAUCGAGCCCUCGACCUGUAUUAGAGAACGCCCAGCCCAGCUCCAUGAAGGAUUACCUGUCGCUUGCCUUCCGGAGGGAUUGGAGGCAUUUGAUGAUAUGUCACUCGCCGGUAUGAGCCGUGGCAUUCGAACUGAACGGAUCUCUCCCUCUUCCAUUAUUUCAAGCCUUCCUAAGCUCGACCAAAUCUUGGUUUUCCCACCAUCCGCUGAUCCCAAUACUCUAAAACAAAUUGUUCAUGGUGCUGUUGAACGUGCAAUUGCUGAAAUUAUUGCACCAGUCGUUGAGCGCUCGAUCACCAUUGCGUCCAUCUCAGCCGCUCAGUUGAUUUUGAAGGACUUUGCUAUGGAACCAGAUGAGGAAAAGGUUCGCCAGGCAGCAGGCACUAUGGUUCGUGCUCUUGCCGGUAGUCUUGCUCUAGUUACCUGCAAGGAACCCCUGAAAAUGAGCAUGACGAACUACAUUCGUAUGAUUCAGCAAGAAUACUCGGAUCAACCAAUGCCAGAAGGCCUUAUCCUUAUGUGUGUGAACGAUAACUUAGAUGCUGCUUGCGGUAUCGUUGAAAAGGCCGCUGAGGAAAAAUCUCUUCCGGAAAUCGAGAAAGUUAUUGAAUCACAACUUGAGGCCCGUAGACGCCAUCGUAUCGCGCGACCCAAUGAAGCAUUCAUUGAUCCCUCCAUGAGCCGGUGGGCAUUGUUUAUUCCGGAACCAUACAGACAGGUUCCUGGAGGAUUAAACAAAGAACAGCUAGCCAUAUACGAAGAGUUCGCUCGCCAGUCGCGUGGAACAGGUCCAACACAUAUCCAGCAUGCGUCAACAGACUCGGGCAAACAAAUCCCAGACGUUCUUCAAGAAGCUUUCCCAGGCAUGCCUAACUUGAGCACCCCAGCAGACCAAUCUGCAAUCCCCCACCCUGCUAGUAGAGGGCCGCAGGACGCGGAUGUUCAGCAACAGGCGCUUUCUGGCACCCAGCCACAGAUAAAUGGCUUUUUAGAAGCGUCUACUCCUCGCGAGAAAAUUGACGGGCUUGUCGUUGACCUUCAGCACACCACCCGAUCCGAAAAGGAUGAACAUAUCAAAGACAUUGCAAGGGAUAGCCCUAUCUUGCAUUCGUACAAUCAAGUCCUCCGAGCUAUUCUCUCAUCGCAGAAUGGCGAAGAUUUGGCAAGAUUGGCAGCUAUGAAAAUAUGCAAUGCUCUUUACACUCAAACCGAGAAGACCCUUGAGAUAGAAGUUCUCGUUCAUUUGUUGACCAAGAUAUGUGAACUCUCGUCACUUGUGGCAAGAUAUGUAUGGGCAGUUCUCGCUGAGGUUGAUGAUGGGCAAAUGUUUAAUGUCCCAGUUACUGUUGCUCUUAUCGACGCUGGACUGAUGGAUCUUCACCGAAUUGAUAUGAAUCUUGCCAAACUCAUCAAGGACAAAAGUCAUACCGCACUGGAGCUACUAUCAGCACUAAUGAACCGCGUCCUACUGAAUGAUGAGCCUUCAGCACUACGAUCUGACUUCUCCGGAAGUUUGGAUGCAUUGAACCAAUGGGUUGUCGAAGAACCUGAGCUUCCCCUUGCUCGUGAGAUCAUUCAGACCCUUCGAGAGUCGGGUAUUCCAGAAUCAGCCAACACUCUUUUGAGCGACUUAGCUCGAUCGAAGAGAGACCAGAUGGAGUAUAUCUUCAGUGAAUGGAUUGGCGUAUACAAGUUCCCUGGAUCCAAUGAAAGAAUGUAUAGCGCUUUUCUGAAGGACAUGCAUCACCGACAGGUCAUGAACACACAGGAGGAUUCGGCCCUGUUCUUCAGGCUCAGCAUUGAUAUAUCUGUCGCCAUGUUCGAGCACGAGUAUCAGAACGUCAGUGGAAACAUCGACGAGGCAUUCUUGUAUAUCGACGCUCUCGCCAAGCUGGUUAUAUUGUUGGUGAAAUUCCAAGGCGACGCUGAUGGUGCCGUAAAGGCUAGCAAGUCUGCCUACUUGAAUUCCAUCCUCUCUCUGCUGGUCUUGGUACUUAACCACCAUCAAGUCAUGCGAGGCGAUAGCUUCAAUCAGCGAGUAUUUUUCAGACUCUUCUCAAGCAUUCUUUGCGAGUAUGCCGCCAGUGGCCUUGCACAAACAGACCAGCACAAUGGCAUGAUGCUAGCGUUUGCAGACAAGUUCUUGUCACUCCAGCCUAAACAUGUACCAGGUUUCAUCUAUGGAUGGCUAUCGUUAAUCUCUCAUCGCGUGUUUAUGGCUGAGAUGCUUACCUUGGAUGAUCAGAUGGGCUGGGAACCUUUCUGUGAAAUAAUGCAAGUACUGCUAUCAUACAUCGGUGAACAGCUUAAAUCCGCAUCUGUGACCUAUGUGGCCAAGGACAUCUACAAAGGAGUGCUUCGAAUUCUUUUGAUAUUGCACCACGACUUCCCAGAGUUUGUUGCCGAGAAUCAUUUCCAAUUCUGCACUGUUAUACCCACCCACUGUAGCCAGCUUCGAAACCUCGUGUUGAGCGCAUAUCCAUCGUCGUUCCAAAAACUGCCGGAUCCCUUCCGUGACGGCCUGAAGAUUGAUCGGUUGGAGGAGAUGAGCAAGGCCCCAAAAAUCACCGCCGACAUUUCCACGCCACUUCAAGAUGCAAUGAUCAUAACACCUGUGGACAAUGCCCUGCGGAAUUUUAACACUGCCGAUGCUGCUAUUCAACAAAUAUCCGAUGCCAUUUAUAACCCUCCAGCAAGAGACACUGGGCUAUUCUUCAAUCCAAUCAACGUUAAUACAGUUCUUUUGGAGGCUCUUGUUCUAUACAUUGGCCAGAGCGCAGUUUCUUCUUCAGCUCAGAAGCCUGGUGCCGCUUCUUUCAACAACUCGCCCGCUCUUGGAUUUCUAGAGAAAUUGGUGAAUACACUACGCCCGGAGGCACGAUAUUACCUCCUUAGCGCUAUUGUAAACCAACUACGAUACCCGAACAGCCACACCCAUUUCUUCAGUUUCGCCAUCCUCCACAUUUUUGGGUCAGAAAUCGCAGCUCAACAUGAAACUCAUAUUCGCGAGCAAAUCAUCCGUGUAUUGCUUGAGCGAUUGAUUGUCCACCGACCUCACCCUUGGGGUCUUAUCAUUACACUCCAAGAGUUGUUGCAGAAUGGCAACUACUCGUUCUUCCGCUUGCCUUUUAUUCAAGCGGCGCCUGAGAUUGGUCGUCUGUUUGAUGCGCUUCUGCAGCACAUUCAACAGCAAAGCCCCCGCACUCUAAGUUAA